CGAAGCAAAAAGCAAAACAAAAAGCAAAGAGAAAGCAAAGCAAAAAGCGAAAUAAAAAGCAAAGCAAAGGUGAAGCAAAAAGCAAAGCAAAAAGCAAGACAAAAAGCAAGACAAAGAGCAAGCAAAAAGCAAGCAAAAAGCAAAACAAGCGAAAAGCAAA